UACGGGCCAAGACGUACUGCCAGCAUUUUCUGUGGAGGAACUGCGUGAAAAGCAGAUGAAUGACCGAGUUGUCGAGAGUCAUGUUUUACAUUGAGAGCCGCCAUAGGCCCACGAGAAGGGAAAGGGCAGGAGAGUUCGUGGCAGUGCUUCGUUACCUUAGACACUGGGAUAAAUUGAUUGUUAGGAAUGGUGUUCUCUACAGGGUGUCUCAUAGCCAAUCAUCAAGGAUGAAACACUUCCAAUACGUUGUCCCUGACUCGUUGGUGGAGGUAGUUCUGAGGAGUGUUCAUGUUGACAGUGGCCAUCAAGGUCAAUUCAGGAGUGUGUGCUUGGCGAAGCAGCGUUUCUUCUGGCUAAACAUGGAGCAUAGAGUACGUGAUUAUGUGCGUCGUUGUCGACGCUGCAUUAUAAGUAAAAGUCCUGAUCCCUCCGACACUGCUCCUUUGGAGAACAUAAAAUCUACGAGGCCAUUAGAGCUAGUCUGCAUUGAUUUUUGGUCAGCUGAAGAUGCUAAGAAUAAAUCCAUUGAUGUCUUGGUUGUAACCGACCAUUUCACAAGACUAGCUCAGGCUUUUGUGUGCCGAGACCAAUCUGCUAAACAAGUUGCCAGGAUCCUGUGGGACAGAUAUUUUUGUAUCUAUGGCCUGCCAGAGCGUAUCCACAGUGACCAAGGUGCAUGCUUUGAGAGCCGGCUCAUUAGCGAACUUCUCCGUGUUUCAGGAGUAGUCAAAUCACACACCACCCCUUAUCAUCCGAUGUGCAAUGGUAGCGUGGAGCAUUUUAACAGGACGCUAGGCAAUAUGAUCCGUGUUCUAUCUGCAGAUGUCAAGAGGGAUUGGCCGAGGCGGUUGCAGACAUUGACAUUCCUAUACAAUUGCACGACACACGAGUCAACGGGCUAUACGCCCUUCUAUCUGAUGUUUGGCAGGGUGCCUCUCCUUCCUGUUGACAUUCUCUUCCGUUCAGUCUUGAAUGAUCAGAAUGUGAUCAGCUAUGACAAAUUUGUUGACACACUUGUUAGGGAUCUCAAGGAGGCCAUGGUGAUUGCACAACAGCAAGUCAUGAAAGAACAAAAGAGACAUGCAGCUCGGUAUAACCGUCGAGUGAAGGGGCUCGCCAUUGGUGUGGGUGACCAAGUAUUGUUGGCGAAUAAAGCUGAGAGGGGUAAAAGGAAAACUGCUGACCGGUGGGAGUCCACUGUCUACACUGUGGUGGACCACAAGCCUCAGACUCAUACUUACAGAAUUCUGUUACUGGUCAAUUUCCUACCUGUGCCUGACGAGAUAUCUGUACGUUGUCCAGCUUCCCUUAUGAGUGACCCGCAGGGUGACAUACUUUCAAGUUUGUCUGGUCAGAUGGGAUGCUUAACCAUGUCGAAUGGAUCCUUGCAUAGCCACCUGGAUAGCAUCACCUGCAAGGCAGUUCCUCAGGCCAGUCAUUUGAAUGACAAUACUGACAGGACAUUGAGUUGGGUUUCCCACUUGCCGGAUGAGAGUCCAGAAUCUAUUUCAACUGAAAUCUCCAGUGCACCACCAGCUGUACCAGCAACGUCCUUAGAAAAUAUGUCUGUGAAGUCAGAAGAAGCAACAGUUGCUAUGACUGUCACUGAUGUUGCCUGCUGUUCAGAUUCAGGAAGCUUAGGAUCUGCAGGUACUGUUACGUCCGCUCAAGCACACUCGCGGUCAUCAGGUGUACCUCAGACUGCUCUUACGGCAGUUGCUGCUAGUUCCACAAGACAGGUUAGGUCACGCUUUGGCCGUGUUAUCAAGCCAGUUGACCGAUUAAUCCAAACGAUGUCAGGCCAGGCUGUCAUUAAAGACGCUAAGCGCAAUGUUGAGGCUGUUUGCAAAUCUAUCUUUCGAUCUUUUGCUGAUUAGGUAACCCUCUUUGUAUGGGACAUUUGGGGAAGGUUUUUUUUUUUUCUUCUUCUUUUUUUUCCCCUCGCUUAUUUUCUUCUUACUAGUUUGUCUGGACUAGUUCAAGGUCCUUGGUUCAUGUUAGAAUAACAUACCUGAGGGUGGGAAGUAUCCUUGUAGUUGAGGGAUCCUACUUGCUAAUGCACUUUUUAUGCAUUUUGUUGUCUCAUUUUCUUACUUAGUGUAUUCUGGGAUUACUAGAUUUUGGAAGAAUAUUGUGGGAUGUAUGUGGACAUUCUGCUGUCGAUUGGUGAUAGGGGAACUCUCUUAUCUAUUCAUCCUUAUGGGAUAAUUUUCAUAUUGACCGUCCUUAUAUGGGAGAUUCUUCUUUUGAUGCGACAUGCUUGGUGUUUGUUUUUGUUGUGUAUUCGGUGAUGCCUAAGUUUCAUGUAAUUCUGUGGGGGUGAAUGUAACGGAGUUAAAAAGAACAUUUAAUACUAAUUAUAUUCAUGGUGUUGAAUUACAUGUAAUUAGAGGAUAAAUUAGGUCAAAUGGUGUUUUUGGCACCCCUAGUGGUUGACACAUUGCAGACAUUUAUUAUUUUGUCCUUGUGCGCCUACCGUAGUUCAGCAGAAAAUGGCUGACACUGCUGCGGUGGUUUAUGUCUGCAGUGUUUUCAACCAGUGUUUUACAUUUUGAUGUAUUUCUCAGGUAUGUGAUUUUCAUGUUUAUUUUUAUUUUGUUAAUAUUGAAUUGUUACAAGUUUGUAUGAGUUCAGCAGAAAAUGGCUGACACUGCUGUGGUGGUUUAUGUCUGCAGUGUUUUCAACCAGUGUUUUACAUUUUGAUGCAUUUCUCAGAUACGAUCACAGUGCUGUGGAGAAUAGAAUAAAGAACAGACAACCAGAAUCUUGUGUACAUCGUCUAUCUAAAGUUCGUGACGGUUGUGUGUCACACAACGGACAACAACCGUUACACAUGCAGUCUGAAGUUUCGAAGAUCAUCAAACAGAACAGGCGACUCAACUGCAUUGAGCUGCUCAGACCCCAAUAUGGACAACAAAAUAUCCUUUUCUGAGACAGGAGAAAUCGUAGAGUGACCUCCCAAAUCCAAAAGGCGGACAUCAGAGUCGGGAAGAGGACAAGACAAAAGGAAGGAUAAAAUCUCUUAUUUCACUUUUACCAACUCAACCUGCAAACCCAAUGAUCAAAGCCAAGCCAUGGGUGCUUCUUGAAGACAAAGAAGCUGGAGCAAUCAGACUUAGAUGCCCUUAUAUAGACUUGUGGCCGUGUAUUCCCUUCGUCACAUGUCUUGAUGCUUAAGCUGAUCUCAUUUGGGUUCUGCAGUGCCUCUGCACUUGUCUCUAGCAGUUUGUCUGGCUUUUACUAGAUGUUACUUUCUUUAUGGGAAAGUCCUUUCUCAUCAUUUGUUCACUUUACACUUCUUUGUAUGUUUUGGUUUGGUAGCUUACUGGGCUGCAUGUUGACCUCUCUAUUCUCCAGCCCCAGGGUCAAGCACAUCUGGCAUAAAACUUUCUCUUCCCUCUGGUGGUGUUCUUACAUAAGUGUACUUCUCAAGGCCUAGCACUAUUUCUACAGGGCCUUAUUAAUAGUGUGUAAAUAAUUUCAGAAACUUUGUUCAUCAAUGAAAUAUGAUUCAUUCUUUGUAUUUGUAUUUUAUUAAAAGUACAAUGUACAAAGCAAAUAUUAAUAAACACAAACCAGGUAUGAUUAAAGUAGAGGAAAGAUCUCAAAUUACAGAUUAUCUGUGAAAAGAUUCUUUAUUGCCCUUCACCAUUUGAUUUGACGUAUUGUACAAUUUCUUGCUGAUUAAUUUUUUUUCACGA